UUCGCGGUUCGAAUUUAUGCUCCCAUCCAAUCAAAUUAUCUAAAUUCAUUAUCGUACAUUUCUUGUAUAACACGCCAAAAAGAAGAAAAAAAAAAAGUUCUCGACGGGGGACAGCGACUCCCCACCACCCGAGCGGAAUUCUCGUGCGUCGAGCACCGCGGCGCCACCGCAACCCUCUUCUCCUCCUCCCCACGCUCCUCCCCCGCCGCCCCCGCCCCACGCGCGCUCUGUCGCCACCUCGAUCGCCGCGACGCGAUAAAGGCGCGUGCUUUUUCGCCCGUCGUCGACGGAAUCGAAGUCGAGCGAGCGAGCGAGCGUCGACCCCGUUCGUCGCAUUUCGAGGCGGCUUGGUCCGCGAACUUGCGGGCGAGAACCCCCACGUUCGCCGUCACAUCAGAGCUUUGUCUCUGCUCCGGCUUCGCGUGCCGUGGAACAGGGGAUUCCUCUGCCUUUUGCUCUGUUUCUGGAGCAGGGGAAAGCGACAGAAAGAGAGAGAGAGAGAGAGAGAGAGAGAGAACAAAAAGAGGCCCACCUUUUUGCCAAGUUCUCUUUCCGCCCCACCGCAAACGCGACAGUACCUCGUCGCUCCCCCACCACUCUCCGUCCCGGAAAGCAGAAAACUUUCCCUCUCUCUCUCUCUCUCUGUCUCGCGGGCUUGCCCUGUUUCUCUUCUUGAAUUGUACGGAACCGCUGCAGAUCCAUCUUCUUGGAAGCUUGUGGUUCGGAACGACCGACCCAGUCCCCCUUUCUUCUUCUUGUUGUUCGUGUCUGGUUUGUUUUUUAGCGGUCGAGACCGGUUCCUACUUCUGUUGGGGUCCGCCGGGUGCAUCUGCCGUGCCCCUGUCAUUCUCUGUCUACCUGGGGUCUUCGUCAUCGUCGUGGGUCGACCCCUCCUCUGUUUCGGAGACGACCCCUGCUUCCAGAUUCUUCUCCGGGGUUGCCGUCGUUUUUUCGGUUCUUGAUCUCGAGAUGCGAGCUGCGAACUCCGAAGGAGCCGUGGGGGUGGUCGUGGCGGCGGACACGAGAGGGAAGCAUCGGAUACAGGCCGAGCUCAAGCGGCUCGAGCAGGAAUCCAGAUUCCUAGAGGAAGAGUUAGAACAACUUGAAAAGAUGGAAAAGGCCUCUGUUGCUUGCAUGGAAUUGCUCGCUCAUGUUGAAGCAAAGCCUGAUCCGUUGUUGCCAGUAACUACUGGUCCGCUAAAUCCAUUGUGGGACCGAUGGUUCGAGGGUCCUCAAGAUUCGAAACGCUGCAGCUGCUGGAUACUUUGAUAGAGACCUUGUGGGUCUAACGUUAACUUGGAACCCCAGAGCUUACAGUUACCGAGAGUCUCACUUACAGAUUUUUACAGUUAACACCGAUAAGACCGGGAUUCAGAAAAUUAGUAGAAUAACAUUGUGCAGUAAGUUGUCAUUCUUUUCAAUAGACUUUCUGAUUUACAGAAUUUGGAAUGGCUUGUUUCACUGUUGUUGAUGGAAUCCUGGUGAACCAAUGCUGCGAAGAAAGGAGCAGGCAUCGGCACAUUUUUGUAUACUAGAGAUGAUGUUGCACCGUAAGAGGUAGCCAGCCUUAAAAUUAGAAGGAUUUGUGAAACUGCAGUGUGGGCCAAGCCUGGCAGCCCAGAUGAAGAGUAAAACCAGUCUUAGAGAUAACACAGCUGCAUGAGUUUCAGCCUUUGAAUUCCCAAAUCCAAUGGAUUUAUGAACCCACUCGUGCACCGAACGACUGGAUCGCGGUCCCGGGCAAACAAGCCUCAUGUGUAUUACUAUUCUGAUGCGUCUCAUUGCGUUGGCGAGACAUGGUUGUGAUGCCGGAAGGACAACAAUGGCCGUAGCUCUUAAGACUGCUGCAAAAUGGCAAGCCCGUUGGCCGAAGGCGCUUCGUUGUCUAAGAGCUGUUCAUAUUUUCUUUUGUUUUGUUGCAUUGUCGCGAGUAAACCGACCGUCCUCAAAAAGGUUCCUGAAACUGUUCGCCUCAUAUCCUAGUUCGGACUUUGAUGUUCGUUCUUUUUCGACACAUUUACAUGGAAUUUAUCUUCACUAGAGCAUCAUUAGCACCGUGAUUAAUAUGUAAUGCUUGUGCAUGUCUUUCCCAAGGUCAAUAUUAAUACACAUUUACAAGGGAUUUA